AUGACGGCCUUCCCGACAAUCACUCAGCUCGCGGCCGCGCUGCUGUGCGCCGUGGCCGGCGUCGACGCCGGCCUGAUCACCAAGCGGCAGUGCCCCGGGGCGCUGACGCCGACAUACCCGGCGCCCAAGCUCGCGCAGGGCUGGACGGCGCAGCUCAUCGCCAACGGCGUCACGAGCGCGCGGGGCCUCGUGUUCGACAGCAGCGGCGCGCUGCUCGUGGCGCAGGCCAACACGGGCAUCACGCGCAUCACGUUCACCGAGAGCGGCGGCUGUCUCACGGCCACUAAGAAGACCCUCGCCACCAAGACUGAUCUCACCCACGGCAUAGCUCUAAACGCAAACAACACGAUCCUCUACGCCUCCUCGGCAGAGGCCGUCUUCGCGUGGGCCUACAACCCGACCACGGGGACGGUGGCCUCGGGGACGCCGACGACCAUCAUCAACGGCAUGAACAACGCCGACCACGUCAGCCGCACGCUGACCAUGUCCAAGAAGAAGCCUGGCACGCUGCUUGUGUCGCGCGGCAGCAACGCCAACCUGGACCUGGGGACGCGCGACGUCAGGUCCGGGCGGUCCAUGAUCAAGGCGUUCGACCUGGGCGCGCUGGGCGCGGGGCGCGUGUACAAUUACACGACCGACGGCCGCGUGCUGGGGUGGGGCCUGCGCAACGACGUCGGCGUCGCCGAGCACCCGGCCACGGGCGGCGUGUGGUCCGUCGAGAACUCGGUCGACCAGCUCACGCGCGACGGGCAGGACAUCCACACCGACAACCCCGGCGAGGAGCUCAACUACCUCGGCGCGCUGAGUGACCCUGUCCCGGCUGUGCCGCCCAACUUUGGAUAUCCUGAUUGCGUUGCUCUCUACCAGUCGACAGGCGUGCCCAACGCGCAGAGCCUCAGGACCGGGGUCCAGUUCAGCUCGACCCAGUCCGCGACGGCCAACGACACCUCGUGCGCGAGCAACUUUGUGGCGCCAAGGAUCACCUUCCAGGCCCACAUGGCACCCCUCGACAUCGCCUUCACCGCAGACGGGAACACGGCGCUGAUCCCCUUCCACGGGAGCUGGAACCGCCAGCCGCCGAUCGGGUACAAGCUGGGCCUCGUCAACUUCGCCAGCGGGCAGCCGUCGGAGCCGUCGACGAGCACGACGGCGCUGGUGGACGUCAUGACGAACCAGAACUUGGCCAACUGCCCGGGCCAGUGCUUCCGGCCCGUCAGCGUGGCGCUCGACGCCAAGGGGAGGGUGUUUAUGAGCUCUGACAGCACGGGGGAGAUCUACGUGUUGACGAGGACGGGCUAA